AAGGCUCAGCCCCCACCUUUUCAAUCCUCUUCCGCUCCAAAAUCACCUUUCAGCACAACUAGUGCUGUGAUUGGAUUCUCUACAAGUGCUCACAUAGACCCGCCAAAAUUUCCUUCCUCGAGGACCUUGAGAGUGCGGAGGAAGAAAUCAUGGGUGCAGGAGCUAGCGCUGAGGACAAAAAGUCCAAGGAAUUGGAAAAGCAGCUCCAGGAAGAUGCAGAUAAGGAGUCUAAAACGGUCAAAUUGCUCCUGCUUGGUGCUGGCGAGUCAGGAAAAAGCACCAUUGUAAAACAAAUGAAGAUUCUUCACCAAGGUGGUUACACAAAAGAGGAGCAAAUGGAAUUUAGGGCGAUCAUCUAUGGCAACAUCCUGCAGUCUGCUCUGGCUAUCAUCAGAGGCAUGGAGAUGCUUGCCAUUGAUUUUGGCGCACCCUCUGGACAGGAGGAUGCACAAAAGCUGCAGAACUUGUCAGACUCCAUUGAAGAAGGAACGAUGCCCCCUGAGCUGGCUGAUGUCAUCAAGAAGCUGUGGAAAGACUCUGGAGUGCAGGCUGCAUUUGAAAGAGCUGCUGAGUACCAGCUGAAUGACUCUGCUGGCUACUACCUCAGCGAAAUGGACAGAAUCUGUCAGCCAGACUACAUGCCCACUGAGCAGGAUGUGCUGCGAUCUCGAGUCAAAACAACUGGUAUCAUUGAAGAACAGUUCUCCUGCAAAGAGUUGCAUUUCAGGAUGUUUGAUGUGGGAGGCCAGAGGUCAGAGAGAAAGAAGUGGAUCCACUGUUUUGAGGGCGUGACUUGCAUUAUCUUCUGUGGAGCUCUCAGCGCUUACGACAUGGUGCUGGUAGAAGAUGAUGAAGUGAACCGCAUGCACGAGUCCCUCCAUCUAUUCAACAGCAUCUGCAACCAUAGAUUCUUCGCUUUGACUUCCAUUGUGCUUUUCCUCAACAAGAAGGAUCUCUUUGAAGAAAAGAUCAAGAAAGUCCACCUGAGUAUCUGCUUCCCUGAUUAUGACGGCCCCAACACGUAUGAUGAUGCCAGCAACUACAUCAAGACACAAUUCUUGGAUCUCAACAUGAAGAAGGGUCAGAAAGAAAUCUACUCCCACUUGACCUGUGCCACAGAUACGAAGAACGUUGAGAUCGUGUUCAACGCCGUGACGGAUAUCAUCAUCAAAGAGAACCUUAAAGACUGUGGUCUGUUUUAAGAGUGAUAAGAGAGAACAUCCUUUUUCAACUGUAACCCCACACACAUUGGCAUUAAGAAAGAAAUGAACUGAUGGAGCACAAGGGGUCCUCAGACUGUUGUGUUUUAUGCCAUGGUCUCCAUGCCAAGCUGUGGAGGAAUACUCCUACAGAACAUCACCGCUUUCCACAUCACCUUUCUGCAACUCACAGCAUAUCCAGCUGGUUCAACACAGCUAUGAAGUCACCAUGUGAACAUUGUGGAAGAUUUUUACACAGCUAAAAACAUUAAAGGUAUGAAGAUGAAAUAGCCACUUCUUUGAUGCUCACUGUGUUUAUAAAACCUUAUGAAUUGUAUAUGAUAAACACUUUGAAAGCCAUGAUUUGUAAAAUAAUUAAUCUGGGAAAAAUGUAAAUUUUUGAAUAGGCGCUUUUUUUUUUUUUGAGUACAAUAGUCUCUGUGAUCUUGAUAUUUAAGCUGAAAGGUUGAAAAAUAUCUCUGCUAUUCCCAGUGCUACAUUUUGUCCAGAUUACCACCACAAUUAUUCCUGUAUCUAAUCAACAUAGUGUUAAUGUACUGAACUCACUUAACAUUUCAAUGUGAUAAAAAGAAAAUCUGAUGACAAACAGGAUAGAUGAAAACUGUAAAUAAGAAUAGAAAAGGUAUAUUUUGAGUGAUAAAUUAAAAAGUGAGAGGAAAACACUACAUGAUGGAUGCUUUUGUGAUUAAAAUGGAAUUAAAAUCUACUGUGAUAUUUCUUAUGAAACAUAGA